GUUACCGGCUGCGCUUCUCACGUAGUCAGUGUCAACUCGACGACGGUUCGCACUUCAGCACCCGCGAUGCGGCCACCUCGUGUCAUCUGCACGGCGCUCGUUCUCCUCCUCGGCGCGGUGUUGCAUGCGAGCGGCACGCCGGAAAAGUCCCCUAUGUGGAACGAAACCUGGACCGAUCGGUUGAAGCAAGAUCUGUUCGUAAAAUACGACAAGUUUGCCCGACCGAUGAAAUACUACAACACCACAGUAGUCAGCUUCGACAUUACGAUUCUUCAUGUCGAUGUGGAUGAAUUCAAGUCCUCCGUCACCAUCAACGGAUGGGCUUCUCAUACAUGGAUGGACGACAAGCUCAAAUGGGAUCCCUCCAAGUACGGCAACAUUCAACACAUUCACGUUGGCAAUCAUGAGGUGUGGCAACCGGACGUUAUGCUGUACCACAGCGGCACAGCGAGCACCAUUGAGCAUUACGGCGACACGGCUUGCAUCGUUUAUCACGACGGCCGGGUGCUGUGGGUGCCGCCCGCGCAAUUCGUCGGGCUCUGCGAGCUGGAUCUUCACCUGUGGCCUUUCGACACGCAGAUCUGCACUAUGACGUUUGGCUCUUGGACGUAUCAUGGCGAGCAGAUCGAUAUGCGUCUGAGCGAGUCCCAGAUUACCGAGGACUUGCACGUGAAGAAUGCGGAGUGGAAGCUCAUGGAUUUGACGAAAACACGCCAGGUGGUCAAUUACGCUUGCUGCCCGGAUCCGUACAUCAAUCUAAAUUUCAAGAUGACCUUAAAGAGAAACUCCGCGCUCUAUUGCAGUAUACUGCUUAUGCCCGCCGCUGCCAUAGUUUUCCUGGUUCUGGUCACGUUCUGGCUACCACCUCAAAGUGAAAUGAAGAUCAACAUCGCGGCUUGUACUAUAUUAAUCAUCACAGUGUUUUUAGUCUACUUUGGCUUCAAAGUACCAUUAACGGCGAAUCCUCCGCUCAUAGUUUACUUUUAUAGCGGCUGCCUCUGCUUAGAGACGAUUUCGUUGAUACUAUCGAUACUAGUUAUUAACAUUACGAAGAGGACUUUCUGCAAACCGCUCCCACGAAACAUCAGAUUGUGUCUGUUAAGUUGGCCCGGCAAACUGUUGGGUCUUUCCGAUCUUAUAAGCGUGAUCGAGUCGCGGCGGCCUAUACCAGGUCAGGAAUUGCGGGGCAAACUCACGGAGGAAUCCACGACCAACUCGACGUCCAACAUCUCGGACGACGGUGAUCGACAGAAUAUGAUCUCGCCGACGAAGAACAUCACGCAAUUGGAAUGGAUUCUAGCAGGCACGGCCGUCGAUCGCAUCGCUUUCGUGCUGUUUUGCUUAAUUCUAGCAACAAUGGCAAUAGUGUGCAUAAGUUAGUUUGUUAGACGAAUUUCUUUUUUCUUUCUCUCUCUCUCUCUUCCCCCACUCUUCUUUUUUUUUAAUUGCUCCGGUACAUCGACAAUCUAAUAUAUACUACAUACAUACGCAAAUAAAUCGCAACUUAUUGUCCGA